AUGGAUAGAUUAAAAUGUCUCCAGACGUUGCCAAAAUUCGUCGUCAGCAAACAUGACAGUGCUAGUGGGUGCAUUGGAGAAUUGGGAAAACUAAAAAAUCUUCAAGGAAAGCUUUUAAUUAAAGAGCUCCAAAAUGUUAGAUCAGCUGAUGAUGCUUUGAAUGCAGGCUUGAAGGAUAAAGGUUACCUCGAGAAGUUGGUGUUAGAAUGUAAUAUUCCUCCAGAAGAAGUACUUUGUAUUUCGGAAAGUCAAAGAAGUGUACUUGAAAAUCUGCAGCCCCGUGAAAACUUGAAAAGUCUCUCCAUCAAGCGCUACAGCGGGAAAGGUUUUUCAGAUUGGAUAGGAGGGCUUACUUCAUUGUCUGAGUUGAAAUUAUUUGAUUGCAAAUAUUGUAGUGCCUUGCCAUCCCUUGGGCACCUCACCUCCCUUGUACAACUGCUAAUCUAUAGCUGUCCAGAGCUCAAGUACAUGCCAGAAGAGGGCUUCCCUGCCUCCCUUCGUUUUCUAUGGAUAGCAUCCGUAUGUCCAGUGUUGGAGGAAGAGUUGAAAGAUAAUUGGGCAAGUCGGUAUGUUUAUGAUGAUUCAAUGUUCGAGACUAUGGAGGAGGAUGAAUAUUAA